GCACAAAAUAUCAGCCAUGAAGUCUUCCUAUUGGUCCAAAUUGUGUUUGAGGGUUGACUGAUCUACGUAUGGCCGCGGAACUCAAUAAAAGUGGAGAAAAGUGGAGGAGAAAACUGAAGGAGAAAUCUGGAGGAGAAAAGUGAAGGAGAAAAGUGAAGGAGAAAAGUGAAGGAAGGCUUCUUUUCGUCGCCCGCUAUGUACGCUAUCUUAAACAACAUAAAUACUAUCAGAUGGCUCAUCUAUGGCCUUCAGAUUUCUCACUGCCGAUUGACGUAUCCUUAGUGAAAAGGCUUCUGCCGGGCAUUCGCAUAUCCCCCAGGCUCCCAUUUAUCUCCUUUCUUCCGCAGAAAUAUCCCCAGCAUGGCAUAUGGAUGGUUUCCCGCGGAUUCUGAUUGGAAUGAAUUCAACCUUCCAUCUGGGACAGAACAGGAGUUUGAAGAUCCCGAAAGUACCCUCCUUGACGUACCGCAACCCGCAAAGCAAAGCUAUGUUAUACCUAGUUACUUCCAAUCUUAUAUCCGCAAGGUGGAUGUCAUACCUACCUUGGAUCCACAUAGCUUAAUUGCCCCACCGACUAAUGACAACACCGGCCUCGGUAAUCAACCCAUGAUGAGUCUCAACAACCCAUUCUCCAUCGCAGACCAGCCACGGAGAAUGACACCGGUUCCCCAUGCUGAGCGGUCAUCCGAACAAUCGGUAAACCCUAAAGCUGCAACCAAGGGUCGGAAACCCCAAAACCGUCGGAAGUCUGUUCAGUUACGGGGUAACAGGAGUACACCUUUUCGCUGUGGCUGGAAGGAUUGCAAGUACACUGGUACGUUCGGACGGAAGGCCGAGUUAAUGCGACACAUCGAUGUUCUGCACGUGUCUCCACACUCAUACGACUGCCCGGCCCGGGGAUGUAGAAAGGUGUGCAAUCGAGCGGAUAAUCUGUUGGAACAUAUCCGCCGGGCACACCAAAUAUAGAGGCAGU